CGGAAGUAAAUUGUGCGAUUCCGAGAGAGUUUCUGGCGUGUUUGGUGGGAAAUGCAGCAAAGUGGAGUUAUGGAUGUUAAAAUUGUGUUCGUGACAGUUGCCUCCGUGGUUUUUCUCGUGCGGCAUGCCGACAUCAGGCAUAAUGCAGAAAAUGCAUCAUCAUCAUCCUCUACGUCGCUGAAUUUUCCCUGUGGCACACCAUCUAAUAAGUUUGACGACGGGUUUUCACCACUGUCGACGUGGCGCAAUUUUUCCGACGUUUCCGCCGCUGAACUCUUCAAUUUCAUCACUCACCCCAAAGCGGUCGAGAAGUGGUUUCUACUCGUGUCGUUCUUCUCACCUGCAGACCACAAACCUCUCCGUGUUGGAAAAAUGUUCAGGGUUGUUAUCGACUCCGUCGUGUUUCAUUUGCAGCUGAAGCAUCUGCAGAUGUGUCACUGCUUAACCCUCGAGUCUGACUUCAUGCUGAAGCCGAGCCUGACAAUGAUGACUAUUGAUUCUGGGAAUAAUUCAGGAGUGAAUAGACAUGGAUCAACACUCACUAUACAGCUCCAUUUUCGUCGCACUUCCUGGCUUUUCCGGAACUUAAUUGGAAAGGCGUUCCUAUGGAUUUGCCGGCGAAAGAUUGAAGUAUCGCUAUGGAGACUGCAGAAAAUCUUGGAGGAAGCUGAGACUUAUCCAUUGUUUCUCCAUCACGAAGCUCCACCUCAGACUGCUUGGAAGGAAAAAGCAAAAAGGGUUCAAAUAAAUUAAUGCACUCCACUUUGUAUUUUCAGUUCAACCCACUUUUUUUGCCUUUCUGGGAGAGAAACACGUAAUUUUCGCCUGAGAAAUAUAAUAAGCAAUGACACGAUCGUGAAGAUUUUAAAGAAU